GAGAUCUGAAAUUUCACUUAUACAAUUUAAUACCUGGUGGAUUUGAAGAAAAACGAGUGCAAUUUUAUGCUGCUGAAAUCACUCUCGGCUUGCAACAUUUACACAAGGAGCAUAUCAUUUACAGAGACCUAAAACCAGAAAAUAUUCUUCUUGAUGAUUAUGGGCAUGUCCGAAUAUCCGACUUAGGACUUGCAGUUGAAUUAAGAGAUAAUGAACCUAUAAAAGGACGUGUUGGCACAGUUGGCUAUAUGGCGCCAGAAGUUAUCAAAAAUGAACGUUAUUCAUAUGGUGUCGAUUGGUGGGGAUUGGGCUGCCUAAUAUAUGAAAUGAUGGAAGGAAAGGCGCCUUUUCGGCAACGGAAGGAAAAAGUAAAACGUGAAGAAGUGGAACGACGAGUCCGUGAGGAUCAAGAAAAAUAUUCGGAUAAAUUUAGUGAAUCUGGCAGGACUAUAUGCAGAGGUCUUCUACACAAAGAACCAGGCUUUAGACUUGGAUGUCGCAGAGUUGGUAAACCAGAAGAAGGUGCUGAAGAGUUAAAAAGUCAUCCUUUUUUUUCACAAGGAGAUGUGAAUACGGGUAGGGAACCAAUUCCUUGGAAGAAAAUGGAAGCUGGAAAGUUGACACCACCGUUUUGUCCUGAUCCCAGAGCUGUGUACGCCAAAGAUGUGCUUGACAUCGAGCAAUUCAGCACUGUUAAAGGUGUAAGAUUAGAUGCAACAGAUAAUCAGUUUUAUGGAAAAUUCAGCACAGGAUCUGUUUCAAUACCAUGGCAAAAUGAGAUGAUUGAAACAGAAUGUUUCCGAGAGCUCAACGUGAUGGAGGAGAAUGGUGAACUAGUGUUGGAUUUGCGUAAUGACCCGAUUAGAGGUGAAAAUAGCAAAAACGAAUCUAAUAAUAAAUUUGGAUUUCUUGCACGAUUGUUCAAGCGGAAAGUAAACCUGAUUUUGCUGUCAUCACAGUGCCUUUCACUGCUGAAUGUGCUCAGUUCUGUUUAUUAUCUUGCCAAGAGUCGCGUCUCAUGGUGGAGCAUUGCAACCAGGCCGCUUUGA